AUGACGAUGAAAAAUCCACAAUUCAACCCUUUUCACAUCAAUAAAUCCAGUUCUCGUAUUGGAGAAAUACUCCCCCAAGCAAGGCCGGAGUUCCUUAUAUGGACUACAGGGCAAGAACCCGGCUCGGGACCCAAGAGAACCCGCCAGACCUACACCAGGUACCAGACGCUCGAACUCGAGAAGGAAUUCCACUACAACCGGUACCUGACGAGGCGGCGGAGGAUUGAGAUCUCCCACGCCCUCGGCCUGACGGAGCGGCAGAUCAAGAUAUGGUUUCAGAACCGCAGGAUGAAGGCGAAGAAGGAGUCGAAGAUCUCUUCUGCAGGAGGCGAAGGAGGCGCUGGCGGCGGGGAGCGAGGGGAAGAGAGCGAGGAAAAGGAAGUAUCGAGUGAUCCUAGUUCUUCGCCAGAGCUCCUGACGGGGUCGCUGGCGGGGACGCUGGCGGGGUCGCUGGCGGGGACACUGACGGGGUCGCUGACGGGAGAGUUGACGGCGACGUGA